AUGCCUCAACCAACUACGCGCGAGGAAGUCCUUUCUCGACUUCGCAAGACGGUCGACGAUGGUGCGAUCAUCGUUGGAGCUGGUGCAGGCAUCGGCCUGUCAGCCAAAGCCGUUGAACAAGGCGGUGCUGAUCUGAUCCUGAUCUACAACUCGGGACGAUUCCGCAUGGCAGGACGCGGCUCUUUAGCCGGCUUGAUGCCGUACUCCGACGCGAACAAAGUCGUAGUUGAGAUGGCCAGCGAAGUCCUCCCUGUAGUAGAGCACACACCCGUCCUCGCCGGCGUCUGCGGCACCGACCCCUUCCGCUCAAUGCCCCAAUUCCUCACCGAACUACAGCGCAUCGGCUUCGUCGGCGUACAGAACUUCCCGACAGUGGGCCUAAUCGAUGGCCAAUUCCGAUUGAAUCUGGAAGAGACAGGAAUGGGCUAUGACAAGGAGGUAGAGAUGAUCGCGACCGCGCACCAACUAGGCCUCGUCACUACGCCAUACGUUUUUACCGCGGAGGACGCAGUCAAGAUGGCGCGAGCGGGUGCAGACGUGGUCGUUGCCCAUGCUGGACUGACUACAUCUGGUGCCAUCGGUGCGCUGAGUGGACGCUCACUGGAGGACUGUGUGGGGUUUGUGCAGGAGAUUCGCGAUGCGGCGGUUGGGAUUAACCCCGAUAUUCUGGUGUUGUGUCAUGGGGGACCCAUUGCGCGCCCGACAGAUGCGGAGUUUGUGUUGUCGCGGACCAAAGGCGUGCAUGGGUUCUUUGGGGCGAGUAGUAUGGAGAGAUUGCCGGUGGAGGUUGCCAUUAAGGAGAACGCGGAGGAGUUCAAGAAGUUGAAAGUGAAGGUCGGGCCGAAGUAA